UAGGCGCGCGCCGCAAUCUUCGGUCAGUCCUCGCCGAGCUUUGUGCGACGACGCUCGCAUCCGCCACCGUACACAGACGCUCCUAAAUAAAAACAUGACAUAAAACCCUUCGGAACUAAGUUCUAGUCACGCGAUAUAACUGCCACUACAAACGUGUCAAGGACCCCCGUGUGUAACUCAAGGGUCAACGUACAAAUCGAUCGCUAAGCUUUCAAGUUGUGGUAACCAUGCCGGCUGAAACAGAGGCCAGGAUCGUACUUCGAGAUGUUACACCAGAGAUAUCGCAGCACAUGCUCACAGACCUGGACAAGAUUCCAGGUGUGCAGCUUGGAGACUUUCUGCUGCAGUUCGAACUGGAUGAGCCUCGAGACUCAGUGCGGGAGAUUGCCAGAAAGGAAUUGAGGGAGACUCCAGAAAUUGUCAAACCGGCUGUCGAGGAACUUAAGAGACUGCUCGAAGAGGACAAAGAUAUGUCAGUGCCGAUGGAUAGUGAGGCUUGGCUCAUCAGGUUCCUGAGACCUUGCAAGUUCUACCCUGAGAGUGCCUACGACUUAAUCAAGCGUUACUACGGGUUCAAGUUGAAGCACUCGAAGCACUACGACGGCCUGGUCCCCAGCAAGGAGACCAACGUGUUCAUCCAGAACGUUCUCACUGUCCUCCCCACACGCGACCAGUACGGCCGGCGAGUUCUAGUACUUGAGUUAGGAAAGAAAUGGAAGCCGAACAAAUGUUCUCUGGACGAGGUGUUCAAGGGCUGCGUGCUGUUUCUGGAGGCCGCCAUGUUGGAACCAGAAACACAGAUCUGCGGAGCAGUCGUCAUAUUCGACAUGGACGGUCUAUCCAUGCAGCACGUGUGGCAGUUCACCCCCAGCUUUGCCAACAGAAUCGUCGACUGGCUACAGGAAGCUAUUCCACUCCGCAUCAAGGGGCUGUACAUCAUAAACCAGCCAUUUAUCUUCGAGAUGGUGUUCAAACUCUUCAAACCCUUCCUGAAGGAGAAACUUCGCUCCCGUAUCGUGUUCAUGGGCAGCGACAGGAAGAUGUUACAUGAGUACAUCAGCCCCAAAUGCUUGCCUGACAAGUACGGCGGCACCCUUAGCAUUCCAAGUGUUACUGGAGGACAAUGGCUGGAACUACUCCUCAUGUGUGAUAAAGAGUUUAGUGCGAUCAACUCGUAUGGAUACAAGAAGAAGUGAUAGUCGCUGGUCGAGGGUAACGUGGAUGAUAUUAUGCAAUGUGAUAUAAUGAAUACGCAUAUCGUGAUAAUGAUACUUACACUUAGGAUUAUAUGUACAAACCAUGAUUUAAGGCUUCAGCCAGCAUUUCCGUAUUUAUAAGAUGUAGAAAUAAAGUAAGGAAAUGUAAACUUAAUUUAAAAUUUAAUUUUUUUUUUUUGUAUUGGCUGAAAUUAUGAAUUUUUAUACAUAUAUUAUAAUAAUGCUUGUGCAUUUUGCAUAUGAGAUAUAAUAUUGUAUAGUUGGGUAUUUGGACCAAUCUCAAUUGAUUUUAAAUACGUAUUUAUAUGUAAUUUUAAUGUUUGUGUAUUUAUAUAUUUACGCUAAUUCCUGCCUAAAGGUUUUGAUGGGAGAAGAAUGAUUUUUUGUGGAUAUCGUGUCCACGUAAAAAUAUAUUGCUGUACUAACUUCCAACUUAUAAAAUGUAUUAUAACUAAAGCUAAAAGGAAUGUACUGUAACGAAAAGGAAAAAUUACAGGCUGUGAUAAAAAAUAUUUUUAAAAUUCUGUCUUUUAUAAUAGCUAUCGUGGGACAUACUGAAAUAACUCAAAAAACUAUUUACUCACGGAAAUAAAUUGAGAAAAGCUCUACUGAUUUCGAGUCACAGAUGUAAAAAUUCUGUUAUUUUUGUUCUUCUAUAAAAAUUAUAAAUAAAUUGGUUGCAAUAAAUAUAAUACCAAUUCUUUAUACUUAUAUUAUGCCAUACACGCAGAAAUAAUCCAUGACAAAUACCAUAUUAGAAAGAUAGUUAGCACAUAAGUAGAUAAAUGUAACAUUAUUGUUUCUGUAUAUAAAUAAAGGGUUAUUUGUAAUGUUAUGUAUAAGUAUGGUGAUCAAUGAUU